GUGGCUGCGGUGCCCAUGGUGCUCAGCACUGUUGGCUUCACCGGGGCCGGAAUCGCGGCCUCCUCCCUUGCUGCCAAGAUGAUGUCCACAGCAGCCAUCGCCAACGGGGGCGGAGUUGCAGCGGGCAGCCUGGUGGCUACUCUACAGUCAGUGGGAGCAGCCGGACUCUCUCUGGCAUCCAAGGCCAUUCUGGUCUCCACUGGGUUUACUUUUUGGGACUUGGAUAGCGCCCUAGGCCAGGCUCCUGCCUUCCCACCACAUCCUCAGAGAAGAGGACCUGGGGGGCCUGGCCCAGCCAGUCUGGAUGACUGUGUACCUAAUGUGGCAACCGCACCACCGAGAAGUAAAUAA